GAUACAAUGUGCAAUGUAAAUAUUUCAUGGACGCGACUGCCUCUCUGACAAACAUACAGCCUACGCCGGUGGACUUCGCAGCCUCUGAACCCCUCUCUCGCUUCUCUCCCAUGCGACACAGAGGUCGACAAUGGAGGCCGCCGCAAUACGAUCCCUAAUAAGCCAUCUUCCAAGCCCGACCAGCCCCAAGUCGUCAACGGCCGAUCACAACCUCCUCUUAAGCGUAAAACUUCCGAAACCUUACUCCAAGCGACGUUGUAACGCGCCCGUCCGGGUCUCUCUUGAGAACGAUGGUGAUAAAAGCAAGAACACCUAUGGAGCAAUCGAGCUACAAAGACUCGUAGACGAGUAUCCAUAUGAGUUCAAUUCCAAAGACUCACCUUCACUGCCAAGGCCUUUAACGUCGACCCAAUUGUCCAAUUUGGCUUCUGAAGGAUCUCGCCUUCGGGUUGCUUAUCAGGGAGUUCGGGGUGCCUACAGUGAGUCAGCCGCAGAGAAGGCGUAUCCAAACUGUGAAGCAGUUCCUUGUGAACAAUUUGACACUGCUUUUGAAGCUGUUGAACGUUGGCUUGUUGAUAGAGCAGUUUUGCCCAUAGAGAAUUCUUUAGGCGGGAGCAUUCACAGAAAUUAUGACCUUUUACUUCGACACAGUUUGCACAUAGUUGGGGAAGUGAAACUUAAAAUCCGGCAUUGCCUACUAGCUAACCGCGGUGUAAAACUUGAAGACCUGAAGAGGGUUCUUAGCCAUCCACAAGCUCUUGCACAGUGUGAGAACACAUUAACAAGGAUGGGACUGGUCAGAGAAGCUGUGGAUGAUACUGCUGGUGCAGCAAAGCUUGUUGCUUUCCACAAACUCAAAGAUACUGGAGCAGUUGCUAGCACUACUGCUGCUAGGAUCUAUGGCUUGAAUGUACUUGCUCAAGACAUACAGGAUGAUUCUGAUAAUGUGACUCGAUUCCUAAUGCUUGCAAGGGAGCCCAUUAUUCCUGGCACUGAUAAGCCAUUCAAGACAAGUAUAGUCUUCUCACUCGAGGAAGGUCCUGGGGUGCUUUUCAAAGCACUUGCAGUUUUUGCUAUGAGGAAUAUCAACCUUACUAAGAUUGAAAGCCGUCCCUUACAGAAGCAGGCUUUGCGAAUACUUGAUGACAGCACUAAUGGGUUCCCAAAAUACUUCCCGUAUCUUUUCUAUGUCGAUUUUGAUGCAUCCAUGGCUGAUCAAAGAGCCCAGAAUGCUCUUGGGCAUUUAAAGGAGUUUGCAACAUUUUUGAGAGUGCUAGGGAGUUACCUGGUGGACUCUGGAAUGGCUUGAGGUCUUUGAACCGGGGUUCUCAUUUAUCGAAUAUGAAUUCCCUAAAGAAGAAAAGACUUGCCUGGAGCUUCUGAGAUCUCAUCGACGUAUAUAACACGUUGGUCUUGUACCAUCGUAUGUGAAUCCCGAUCAACAUCCUAUAUCGGAUACAUUUCGUUGUGGCGUGGCAAAUUUCGUCAUGUAAAUACUCACUUUUGUUCGUUUUUUGGAUUUGUUAUACUUCAGCUUUUCUUUCUUUUGUGUAUAUUUGAUUUAUUUUUUCAGCCUUCACGAAUUGUAAUUGUGGUUUUGUGCAUUCAACCUUUCAGAGUGGGAAAAUGUUAUAUAAACUCGUGAAAUUAACUCAAUUUUUUUUAUAGCUAAUACUAU